AUGCGACCAUCGCACUUGCUUUCUCUACUGCUACUGCUCCUGGCACCCGCAAUACAAGCUGCGGUAUUGGCAAUAGAUUAUGGAGCGGAGUUUACCAAAUUGUCAUUGAUCAAGCCUGGUGUACCAUUCGAUGUGGUGCUGGAUAAAGAUAGUAAGAGAAAGAUAUCAAGUGUGGUAGGAUGGAAGAGGGAUGAUAGGGUGUUCGGAGCAGAAGCCAAGAUGGCUGCGACUCGUUUUCCCGACACACAUUUCCCAUACGUCAAGCCCUUACUCGGUUCGACAUCACAACUUCCAUUAUCACUUCACCCUAAUCCACCUUCACUUACCGAUGAUGGGGUGUUGAUAUUCCCUCAUCCAUCAUUCCCAGUACAUUUGUCGCCCUCGCCCCCUUCCACAGAUGAAGUAUGGACACCAACCGCAUUACUAGCUCAUCAAAUAUCGUAUUACAGGCACUUGGCCGAAACGCUUUUACCCGCUGGAGUCACACCCGAACCUAUAAAUCAAGUGAUCGUGACAGUUCCAUCAUGGUGGGAUCAUUAUCAACGUAAAGCAUACAAAGAUUCAUUGGAAUUACAAGGUUUAACUUGUUUAGCUAUGAUAGGUGAAGGUACAGGCGUAGCUUUAAACUAUGCAAUGACAAGAAAUUUCCCUGACUAUAACUUGGAAACUGGUCAAGGAUCAAAAGAAUAUAAUGUCAUCUACGAUUCGGGCGCUUUAUCAACUACUGCAACCGUUUUAGCUUUUUACCAAACAAGUUAUCUACCUACACCGAAGAGCAAAACUCCAAUCAAUACCACGCACAUAGAAGUUUUAGGUGUAGGCUGGGAAAACGUUGGUGGUGUUUUACUUGACGUUGCCAUACAAGAUAUCUUGACAAAGGAUUUCAUAACUAAAUCAGGUCAAAAAGAUGUCAUAAAAGAUAAACGAGCAAUAGCUAAAUUAGCUCGAGAAGCAAGUAGGGCUAAACAUAUUCUAAGUGCAAAUCAAGAAGCCAAUGUAGCGAUCGAGUCAUUAUAUAAUGACAUCGACUAUCGAUCUAAAGUCUCCAGAGCUGGACUUGAAUCAGCUGUUGAAGGUUCCAUCCCAUCUUUCUCUCAUCCAAUAACAGCUGCCCUGGCCUCAGCCAACUUGUCAUUGAAGGAAAUCAACUCUGUCAUCUUAUUUGGUGGAAAUACACGAGUACCUCUAGUUCAAUCCGCAUUGAAAUCAGCUCUCGGCGGACGGGAUGAUAUAAUCGCUCAAAACGUUAACACAGACGAAGCUGCUGUACUCGGAGCGGCUUAUUAUGGUGCUGCGUUAAGUAGAACUUUCAAGAUGAAAAACAUCAACUUGACAGAAACAAGCGUAUAUGAUAUCAUCAUGGGCGAAGAAGUUAUUUUCCCUUCAGGAAGUAAAUUAGGUGAAAAGAAAAUUAUCACCUUACCCAUAAAUGAGAAAGAUGAAAUAACCAUUGAUUUCGCUCAAUCAACACAUACCUCUCAAACUCAAUCCAAGACUAUAUCGGAAAAAGACGCUAAAACAAAGCCCAUCUUGUCACUUUCUGUCGUUGAUAUACAGUCUACUCUGAAGAACUUCACCUCACCAUCACCUGUAGUUCAAGUAACUUUGAAAUUAGAUCAAAGAGGAUAUCUUGCUGUCGCGAAUGCGGUUUUGACAUUCAAUUCUUCUAUCGAAGAUACCAAAGAAGGUAGCGGAGUAGCCGGUGCUUUGAAAGGUCUUUUCAGUUCGAAGAAGGAUAAAGAAGACGAAGAAAUCGAAGACAGCUCAACAGAGGACUCUGUCGCAAAGGAAGAUAAAAAGGAAAGUAAGAAACAAAAGGUAGCACUGAGAUUCAGAGAAAAACAUACUGGUAUUAGACCGAUGACGGGCGAAGAAAAGAGGACCACACAAGCUAGACUCUCGUCAAUAGCGAAGUUCGAAUCAGCUAAAUUCGCAAGAGAAGAAGCCAGAAAUUUGCUUGAAGGUUACUUAUAUCGAUUGUCAGGUUUAUUAUCUCCUGAUUCCGAAAGCAAAGCUUUACAUGAGUAUGCCACCAAAGAAGAACGGUCCAAGUUGCAGAAAUCAGUUGACAGCGCGAUGGAGUGGUUAGGCGAUCACGCUGAAGAAGCUGAUGAGAAGACACUCAGGGCGAAGAGAGCUGAUAUAGAAGCAAUUGAAACACCUAUAAUCACUCGAUUCACCGAGUUUGUUCAUCGACCAAAAGCUAUCGAAGCGUUCCAGCAAGCGAUGUUUGCUUCAAGAACAUUCCUCGUCGAAGCUAGAAAAAAUAACACCAUAGCAUUAGAAGCUGUCUCCAAUUCAACACCUGAAAAUCCAGCUAUACCCCCUAAAUUCACCGAAGAGGAGUUGAAAGGCGUAGAAGAUUUGAUGAAAGAUAACGAGAUUUGGAUGGAUACCUUGAUGCAGAAACAAGUUAAGCUUGAUGAUGAUAAAAUGAAGGAUCCAGUCAUCAGAUCUGCGGAGUUGGAUGAAAGGGGUAAAAAAUUGCAGAUGACUGUUCUCAGACUAGUUAAUAAGAAAGCACCUCGAAGACCUCGACCAUCAACAGCGACAACAUCAACCACCUUGGCAUCACCAACGGACCAUGGUCCAGAAGUUACGGAAUCAACUCACUCUGAACCUGAUCUGGCGGAACCUUCCACCACCUCAACAACUCUAGCCUCACCGACCGACAAAGGGCCAGAAGUGACUGAGGUGACUCAAGAGACAGGAGAAAAGAUGGGUAAGACUUAUACUCAAAAAAGUCAACCCUCGGAUAAAGGUCCCGAUCCACCAAAGCAUGAGGAACUAUAG